UUCCUGAACUCAUGACUAAGAUUCUGCGCUUGUUUACACACAAUAUAAUCAUCACUUACAACUACAGUUAAAUGAUGAAGACGGCGAAGUUUCACCAUCAAAGAUGGACCCUGCUUUUGUUUUGUUUAUGGGAAAUCUUCAUCUCUGAGUCAGUAUCCAGCACUUCAGCUCAGAAAGUACUGAAUGGAGCUGUAGGAGAGUCUAUUACACUCCCCACUCGAGUGUUUGUAUCUAGCAAUAUUGAUUAUGAGGGCAAAACCAUUGGACAGUUGAUGAAUAACCAGGUGCGAUCUUUCAGAGAGUUUACGAAUCGUCUCCACUGGGACAAUCAAAGUGGGUUCUUCACUCUCUCACACCUGAGAACAGACGACUCAGGUGUUUAUACUGUAGACGACGCUGAAGAGGAUAAGAAAGAAGUCUAUGAGCUGAAUGUAUAUGAUAAAGUUUCAGCACCACAGGUGAAGAAACUCAACUCCAGUCCAUCAGAGAGUGAAUUCUGCUCAUUGCAGUGCUCAGUGAGGAAUGUGAGGGGACUGAAUCUGUUUUGGUUUAAAGCCAAAGUCUUAUUAAACCACACAAACAGUUCCAGUCUAAAUGACACAUUGAAUCUCUUUCUGGAAACUGCGAGGACUGAUAAGGACACUUACACCUGUGUGACUUCCAACCCAGUCAGCAAGCAGACGAUCACAGUCAACAUCACAGAGCACUGCCUUAAUCAACCAGGUGCACCACAUAGGUCAAAUAUCAUUGCAAUUGUACUUCCUGUGAUUUUUGUACUGCUGAUAAUAGUGAUGGUCAUACUUUUGCGGAGAAGAAAACGUCACUCUGAAAUCAGUCGGCACACAGAAGAUUUUUGGAGAAAGAAAUCUACAUGUCUGCAAGAAAAACAGCAAAAUGAUCCCGAUCUACUCACAGAAGUGAUAUAUACCACAGCCGGCCCCUGAUGAAACACAGCUACUUACAAUUUAUGGCAAGACUGAACCACACAGCACUCCGUCCACAGCAGAACCGUUUAGAGACAAACAGGAAAGUGGUGGUUAGAUGAUACAUGUGCAGCUCAUGUUUGUAUGCUGUUUCUCUAAGAGCUGUACUUCAGUUUAUGUAUGUAUAUUGUCUGCAUUAACAGUAUGUACACUUUAUGCCUAUGUACAUAUAAAAAGAAACUUGUAAAAGCAUCUUUAAGAAAAGCUGAAUAAAACUCAAAACAUA